CAUAUUAUUUUAUUUAUCCGAUCAUACUUAUAUAAACUCAUAUUAAACAUUAUUAUAUAUCCUUGCCUAUCAAAAGAUUCAAGAAAAACCCGCUUAAGAACAGAAACCGUCUGUAUUUCAUUUUCAAGAAACAGAAAUUCUGCGUUACAUUGUCUUCAAGAAAGAUGGGAGGCGGAAAGGACAAGCCUGACAACGAGUCUACUGAUAAAGGGCUCUUUACUAAUCUUGCUGGAUAUGCUUUUAAUCAACACGGAGCCUACCCUCCACACGGUUAUCCUCCUCAACAAUAUCCCAACCAGGGCUACCCGCCUGCUGGAUAUCCUCCACAAGGAGGAUAUCCGCCUCCGGGUGGAUAUCCGCCUCCAGGGGGAUAUCCUCCAGCAGGUUAUCCUCCCCACGGAGGAUAUCCGCCUGCAGGUUAUCCUCCUCCGGGAGGUUAUCCUCCUCCAGGAGGCUAUCAUCCAGCUGGUUAUCCUGGGCCAUCGGGUUCACAUCAUGCAGGGCCUGGCGGUAUGGGGGCACUACUAGCUGGGGGUGCAGCUGCGGCUGCCGCGGCUUAUGGGGCUCACCAGUUGUCACAUGGACAUGGACAUGGACAUGGACAUUAUGGCGGUGGACAUUACGGAGGUUUUGGUCGUGGAAAAUUCAAGCACGGAAAGUUUAAGCAUGGGAAAUAUGGGAAGAGAUGGAAGGGCGGCAUGUUCGGAAAGCACAAGGGCAAAAUGUUCAAGAGAUGGAAGUGAUUCACUCUUUCUUUUACUAUAACAUUAACUUUGUCAUUUUUCUUUUGUACCGCUGCUUUGUUUUUUUUGUUUUGAAUUGAGAACUGUUUUGUGUAGCUUGAUGCAUGGCAUGAAUGUAUAAUAUUUUGAUACCAUAUUUGGUUUCUGAUGUAUAUAUAUAAGUAGCCCUUUCCUGGAAGAACGAAGCUACUAUUUAGAAA